CUUGGAGUUUUAUAGGACUUCCUGUUUACUUAGCAACCUUCAAUAUGGCGAAGAGAAUUCGGACGAUGACAAUGUUUUCAGACGGAUAGUUAAAUAGAUAAACAAAAUACAGUACACCAGAUCAGUGCACUAAAUCAAUUAAUAGAAAAACUAAAAACACACAUUUGAAAUUAGUUAGCUCGUUUAUAGUGCAAAAAUGGCAACAUCACACAUGCAAAGAACUGGGUUAACACCAAAAUCAAAUAUCAUGAUGACUGAAAACAUUGUGGAUAAACCACGUAUUCCAUUAGUUGCCCAUGUAAUCACUGAUGAUGACAUUGGAUUACUCCAGGGUGCUAAACUACAGCCUAUCAAUUUGAACAGAGUGGUGAAACUUCUAACAGAUCCACAUUCGGUUAUGCUGUAUGACCGACAUGUUAAUGCAUUACAGAGAUUAGUCAGACACUAUCAGAAGGGAUUUCCUAUGAAGGACUUGGUACAGGUUUGUAAGAUAUUGAAUACUUGUGCUGACCGAAUGCCUGACCAACCAUUAUAUGAACAGUUGAUUGUGGAUAUAUUAAAGAUUUGUAGUUACCCAUUCCUAAAGGAGAAAUCAUCAGAUGAGUUGGUGUAUGAACAAAUAGUUACAGAAUCUGUAUCACAACUAGGUUAUAUGAUGAGAGUAUCCAGUAGAGAUAUCAGGAAACAGAUUUGUUCUACAUUACAUGGUUUCUACAGUGAAAAACCAAAGAAUCAGAAUGUUCAAAAACACAAGGCUACAUCUCUAACUUAUAACCAGAACAUCAUAGAGAACAGUGAUGUAUCGGAAACACUAGUAAAGUCCCUGGCUUUGAUAGAGAAUGAGUUGGACAUGAAGCUUGGUAUUUUAACUGUUCUACAAAAAUUUUCUAACAAAUCAGCAAAGAAUUGUGAUCAGAUGCUACGAGCAGGUGCAGCCAACCGUAUCUGUUCACGUAUGAUGGAUCCCGAUCACUCAGGACAAUUGUUGUUUAGAUCUGUCAAUAUUUUAUGGAAUCUAUUGGAAAAUGGUGAUCCUGCACCACUAUCUGCACAGCUGAAUAACUUUGUUUGUAUCAGCCAACUAAGAGAUGCAUUUAUCUACCAGCUAACACAAGGGUACAGCCAUUACGACAGACAACUAAGGAAUGAUUUACUGGUUCUAUCCUCCCUUGUAGCCACUCACUGUCCUAAUGCUCCAUUUAUAGAAACUGGAUUCGCAAAACAACUUACUUUAUUUGCAACAUUUCAAGAAGUGAAGAGCCACAAUGCGCUGGUUAAACAUUUGAAGUUGAUGCAGAACCAUGAAGACUUUGAAUUGAAGAAAUUAUUGUUUAACAUCCUGAUAUCUCUAAGUAAAGACUCAACAGUCAUUCCAGUUUUAUCAGAAGGACAUUUGAUGUUAGCACUGAUGUCUUAUGUGCGGGCCAAUGAGAAAACUUCUGGUCCAAGAGAUUGGUCUCAGGCCCAGUUUGAGGAGAUACAGCUCCAUGCUCUAGGCACCCUCUGUUCACUGUGUCCACUGAUGCUGGAGGAUUAUAUGAUUUGCCAAGGAAGCACCAGAUUACUGUUAUUAUUAGAAUGGUGUACUGGACAAGAGGAUUUUGGUGGUCAUGGUAACAGUUACCAUGGAACUGGUGGUCGUGGUAACAAGAGAGCUCAGAUGAGAUAUUGUUUGCGUCUGAUCAGAAGUAUUGUCUCUACUGGACAAGAAACCGUUCUGCAAGAUCUGGCUGACCAAGGAGCCAUUAAUCAGAUUUCAACCAUCCUCCACAAUGCCACACAAAGUAAAGAUAGUGAUGACGCUAUAGAUAUUGAGAUGCAGUCAGACAUGCUGUUUAUUUUAUCUUGUUUGUGUGAAGGGGAUAUGCACAGAAAGGAACUUCUAGGUACACAAGGUGUGGAAGUUUGUAUACAUUAUCUGAGAACAGAUAGUCGACAGUUAAACAGUGGACUUGGUCACCACCGACUUUUGUUAGCUGCUGUAGAUUGUGUAUGGUGUUCCAUAAUUGGAUGUUACACAACUGAAGAAUUUUUUAUGGAAUUAGAAGGUGUAUUUUUACUGAUUGACUUGUUAGAGGUAUGUCCUAAAAACAUGCAUAACAUCAUCUUGGGCUGUCUGCUAGACUUGUGUGAGAAUCCUAAAACACAACAUCAUGUUCUGUCGUGGAGAGGAAAGGGCAAUUGUACUGCUGCCCAUCUGUUCUGUGAAAUCUGGAGAAACGAGGAGAAAGACAUGGGUGUUCAGAGGGCAUCUGAUGGCUCCAUUAAGAAUGUUAGCAGACCAUUGAUGGGAGUACUGCAGGAACAACAAGGAAUCGUAUCAUUACCUGCUACUAUCCCAAGUCAAUCAAUAGUGGAUGUGUCGGAAAACAUGAGGGCAAAACUAUACUCCAUCUUCUGUAAAAUUGGUUUUACAGAUUUACCAGGUCUGACAGUUGAGGAUCAUGUGACCUUGGUUGUCAUAGAAAAAUUCAUGGAUUUGAAGCUUGGAGAGGUAUGGACUGAGGUGAUAUCAGAGUUACAGAUGGAGGGUGUACGUCCAGUCACCCCUGACAUGGAGGCCAUUGAGGCCAUAUCUAGAGGUAUAGAGGAGAGGGCUCAAAUUGUCUGUGGUACUCAGAUAGAGUUACUGGAAGCACAACAAAAUCAAGAUGUACUUGAUGAACAGGAAUUCUAUGCAGAGAUUAGAGAGAAUUACAGACAGAAGGAGAAACAGUUGAGUGACUGGACUGAUUUUGUGGCCAGGACUUCAAACUUCCAAUUAUUAAAGGCUGCAAAAGAAAGACAGAAGUUAUCUGUUGAUGCUUCAAGAGUACAGAAUAAUUACAGAGAACUUGAGUCCUAUCAUGAUACUGAGCUGAAGGAUUUACAUACAACAACAUUCUGUGGUAAAUCAGUUGAUGUAGAGAGUACUUCACAUAAUCUGACUGGUGGGCCAUUUGCAAGUUAUGAUCCAAAAACUGGUUCCCUAAGGGACAGGAAAGCUAUGAAGGCACCCAGUAAUCUCAGCAGUAUUUCUCGUUACUAGAGAUGGACUUCUGACCACAUGUACCAGUCUGGCCACUGAAGAUGGACCUCUGACUGUAUGGACUAGUUUGUGCUACAUCUGUGAUAACUUUUAUAAAUAAUUUUCUUUCUCUGAUUUGGAGAAUUGAUGUACAUUAUUAUGGCAUAUUAAUGAAGAAACACUAUUGUAAAUCGUCAAAUAUUUAUUAUACAUUGUAUGAAAGACUGUUUUGUUGGUGUAAUAUGAACUACCAAUAAAUAAUUGUGUUUUAA